AUGGCUUCGUAUCGAUCUAUUCUAAUGAUUUGUGUGAUUGUCACAAGUUUAUUCCUUGCAAUUCAUGGUCGAAAGGGUUUUGUCUGCCCGGAAAAAGAUAUUCUCGGAGGAUGCAAAGAUCCAAAAGAAUGCAUCUAUCAAAAUCCCAACGAUUGUGGCGGAUUUAUUCAAUGCGAUGAUUCUGGAAAAGUUUAUUAUAAGAAAUGCAACGUUGGACUUAAAUGGAAUAAUCGAAUAAAAAACUGCGAUAUUCCACGGAAAACAACAUGUCACUAA